AUGAAGAGAGACAUCUACCCGGACAUUCUUUUCCUUAUGGAAACCAAAAAUCCCGAUAGUUUCGUUCUGAAGAAGAUGAAACAACUGCAGUAUGAAAACUCACACCUAAUUUCACCAACGGGGCAUGGGGCAGGCGGCCUGGCCCUAUUCUGGAAACAAGAGAUCAAGCUACAGAUUCUAAAUUCCUCAGCAAAUUGUAUUGAUGUUUGUAUAGAAUUUGAAGGAAAAUCUUUCUUUGCUUCUUUCGUCUAUGGCGACACCGAUAAACCUAAAAGACGCGCCAUUUGGGACCUGUUACUUGAAAGAAACAAUGCAAGGGACACCCCUUGGUUCUUAACCGGAGAUCUCAAUGAUCUCCUAAACAAUGAUGAGAAAGUGGGAGGACCAAGCCGACCUGAAGCCUCCUUUACUGAUAUGAGAUCCUUCUACUCCGAAGGGGAUCUCUAUGAUCUGAGACAUUCGGGAGACUGUCUCUCCUGGCGAGGACAAAGGGGAGACUACUUAGUGAGAUGCAGACUAGACUGGGCAGCAGCUAAUAGCUACUGGGCAGAGAUGUUCCCAAACGCCAGAUCCCAAUACCUCACUAGAGAGCUGAUAGAACUAAAGCGGUCAGAACUAGAAUGUGCGCUAACUGAUCCAGCAAAUGACACCGACCUCAUCUCGAAAGUAUCCAAUGAACUUAAUGAUGCCUACUUAUCGGAAGAAGAAUAUUGGAGACAGAGAAGUAGGCUUCUAUGGCUGAGCCUCAGUGAUCGCAACACCGGUUUCUUUCACGCCACAGCGAAGAAUCGAAAGAGAGCAAACGCUUUCACAGUGAUAGAAGACGAUGAAGGGACCAUGGUCUAUCAAGAAGAUCAGAUUGGGAGAGUGAUCGUGAACUACUUCCAUGAUCUAUUCAGAGCUAUAGAGGGCAACAGAGAAGAAACAGUCGCAUAUGCCCUAUCACCAAUGGUGAAUGAUGAGAUGAGCGACACUCAUAACGCUACUGUCAGCAGAAGAGAUCAAAGAGGCAGUGUUCUCCAUUCACGCCGACAAAGCCCCCGGACCCGAUGGCUUUUCCGCUAG